AUGUUUCCCUUCUCGUUAGCAUUGUUCCCUAAUUGGAGUUGGUUCUGUAUCUUUUUGGCGCUUUUUUUGUUUCGAUAUGUCAGACUAUGGGUCAACCUCGCGAGCAACUGGACAUACACACCCAUCCAGCCCGUCGACGACCCGACCAUUACUUCCAAAGACAUGACCGUCAUCAUCCCCACCGUUGCCGAGGAUCUCCAGCAGUUGAAAGAGACGGUCCAGAGCGCAUAUCGGCUCGAGCCCCUUGAGCUUCUCCUCGUGACGCCCGACUCUCGGGUAAAACGCGUGUAUCAAAUGGUUGAAGAGCUGGGGAGCCCCAAGACCAUCCAGGUAUUGUCCGUCAGCCAAGCCAACAAGCGUCGACAACUAUGUCGGGCUAUCCCGGAAGUUGAGACCAAGAUUACACUCUUGCUUGACGACGAUGUAUGGCUGCCCGAAAAGUUCACAAAAUGGAUUCUGGCCCCCUUUGAAGACCCCAGGGUCGGAGGUGUGGGCACCAACCAGCAAAUCCGCCGCUUCAACCGGUCAAGCAUCUGGGAGUUCCUAGGUGCUAUCUACCUUGUCAGGAGAAACUUUGACUGCACUGCCUGCAACUGGAUAGACGGAGGGCUGCCGUGUCUGUCGGGUCGGGCUGUCGCCUAUCGAUCCGAAAUCCUACAGGACCCAAACUUCACAUACGGCUUCACACACGAAACAUGGGGAAGCGAUCACUUUCUAAACGCAGACGACGACAACUUCAUCACCCGCUGGUUAUUUUCGCACAACUGGAAGAUCCAGAUGCAGAACCACCGCGAAUGCGAGGUCGAGACGACGCUCGAAGACGACGCAAAGUACCUUCGUCAAUGCCUCCGAUGGGUGCGCUCUAAUUGGAGGAGCAACCUGACCAGUCUAACGGAAGGCUACAUGUGGAUGAACUACCCAUGGUCUCUCUACGCCGUCUUUCAGACAACGCUUACGCAAUGGGCCUUUCUCCUCGAUUGCGCCCUGGUCGCAUCCGUAUACUUUGCUCUAUCCGAGGCAGGCUACUACGCCGUCGAGGAUGACAAGAUGUCACACUCGGAGAAAUGGCAGCGCACACUUUUUUGGGCCCUGUUCCUGGCACACUGGAUCUUCGCAAAGACGAUUAAGCUUGUCCCGCAUUUAUUAAGAAAUCCCGGCGACGUCCGCUUUGUCCCGGUCUCAAUUCUGUUUGGUUACUUCCACAACCUGAUCAAACUCUACGGCUGCAUCACAGUCACCGAGACCACUUGGGGUACGCGCGAAGGCGCCGAUGCAGACGACAACAUAAGGAUGUUGCCCAUUCCGCCGAUGGCGGCGAUUACUCCCCCUCUGACGCCUCCGCCCGGCGGUCGCGUGCUUCGCGAACGCGGUGCGGGAUUUCCAAUGAUGAAUUAGAUGACAGUUUCCACUUUUUGGUCAGCAUUCUAGGCCUCGAGCCACGGUUUUUAUUUUUGAUGCGGCAAUGUUAGACGCAUGGGAGGUAGAGCAGCAUCGUGUUGUUUCUCACUAUAGAGCGUGGCAGCUCUCGGAUACCAAAAAUGGGCCCGGUUGGUUGCAUGGCGUUAUGGCGUUGAAGCCCAGGUCGAAUUUGCAGCGUUGGGCAAAGUGUUGGUCAAUACCCAACCGUGUAGUUUAUGCAAAAAGUCAUAAUGACAUUUCUGUUAACUCGAUGCUCGAUGCUCGAUGCUUACUG